CAAGAGCAACAAGGAAUGGGUCAUGAGGCUUCAGUCUCCUGUCCCCAGAGCUGGUAUAUAAGGGCCUCCCCCAGAGCAGGGGCAUCAGACCUUCCUGACCUCUCCCGACUCCUCUCUCCUCACUGCACUGAGUCCUCUCGACUGACACCAUGGGGUGCUGUGGCUGUGGUGGUUGUGGCGGCUGUGGCGGCUGUGGUGGCUGUGGCAGCUGUGGUGGCUGUGGCAGCUGCGGUGGCUGUGGCAGCUGUGGCAGCUGUGGCAGCUGUGGUGGCUGCUGUGGUGGCUGCUGUGGGAGCUGCUGUGGUUGCUGCUGCUGCCCCACUGUGUGCUGCUACCGCCGCACCUGUUGCCAUCGCUCCUGUGGCUGUGGCUGUGGGAAGGGCUGUUGCCAGCAGAAGGGCUGCUGCCAGCAGAAGUGUGGCUGCCAGAAGCAAUGCUGCUGCUAGGCGGACCACCCUGGCCCCCGGGCAGCUGUGGCAGGUAACUGCUCUAGGUAAGCUUCUUCCCUUUCCGUCUGCUCCUCUUGACUUGCAGGUCACAUGGAUGAGCUGAGCUGAUCACCACCCACGGGAAUCUCACAUUUCUGGAAUUUUCAUGAUCGUGCCGGCAUUGAACCUAAACCACUUAAAGUAAGAAAUGUGCAGCCUUGUGUUAAUUACUGCUCAAAUCAUGCCUGCUCACAAAGGCAGUCAAGAUACGUAUGUCAGACCUUCUUCAAAUGUCUCUCACUUUCUAUUAAUCCAUGUCCUGUUCUUACCAAUGCAUUGGUGUAUCUGUGUACACAAAAUAAUCCUUAACCUAAUAAAUUAAACACAUCAACCUCAAAAUGUUGUCUCUUUU